GUAGAAUAGGAACAAAUGAGACCAAACAAAUCGGAGACGCCAACUCCCUCUGCAAACAUCAACUCAGAUACAUAACAUUUCUGAUCACUGAACCACAUUCUACAAUGCCUGUCCCAUGGGAAGCUCUCAUUCCGUUCGGCCUGGUUACUUCAAUGUUUGCAGCGGCCGGAACGCUCUUGAAUGUUUCUAAGAGGGCUCAGAAUCAAGGCAAGCCUGUUCGAUACCACAUCGAUUCUUGGGACGAGAUGAUGAUGGACCGUGAUAGGCGGCUAACAGGACACAUACGUGGACAAUCCUCAAACCCGGUACCUCCAGAAGGUUUCGAGACGAGUAGCGCAUGGUACACGGAAGCUACAUCAUAACGAUACCACAUACCAUACUACCUUGAAUGAAAUUGCUCUUUAGAUGGAUAUUACACACCAACCUUCAAUGGGCAGGGACGACUUGCCAUUGGGAGAUAUCCUGCAAAAGGAA